AUGACAACCACAAAAGCGAUUAUCGCUCUUGAGCCAAAAGAGCCUUCCAAAAGAAACUGGACUCUGGAAGAGAUCCAGGUCGAUUCUGCAUCACUAGGAGAGAACGAAAUUGCCGUCGAGAUUAUCGCAACUGGGAUAUGCCAUACGGAUAUCGUUCUCGGUUCAGUUCCGACAGGCACACUAGACAUUCAGUACCCGAAAGCAGUGGGCCAUGAAGGUAAAACCACCCCAAGAAUCUAUCUUCAAUUGCAUCAAAUAGUAAUGUCUAGGGCGGCCUCAGGUGCGGGAAUCACCCGGGCUAUCGGCCCUAACGUCCAAGACCUUGCCGUGGGCGACCCAGUCCUGCUAUCGUUCAACUCGUGCUCUUCAUGCCAGCAAUGCGAGGCCAAUCACCCGGCCUAUUGCGACUCAUUUGCGCAACUGAAUUAUGUCGGGAGCUCGAAAGCGAUGACCCGGCGGGAUGGCGAGAGGAUUUGGGCGUCGUACUUUGGACAGUCUAGUUUCGUGCAACAGACUGUCGUCAGCACAAAGUCCGCUGUUAACGCCAAGGGCCUUAUCCAGAGCAUCGAUGAAUUGAAGCUCUUUGCAACUCUGGGGUGUGGAUUCCAGACCGGGAUGGGCGCGAUUGAGAAUACCACGCAGGCGGGGCCGAAGGAUAUCGUCAUGAUUGCUGGGAUGGGUGCUGUAGGGAUGGCUGCGCUCAUGACGGCAAAGAUCAAGAAGUGUAAAGCAAUCAUAGCGGUCGACCGGACGCAGAGUCGCCUUGAUCUAGCCACCGAGUUGGGGGCCACUUACACGAUCAAUACCAGUCAUGAGGGGUUCACUACCCUCGAUGCCGCAGUGCGGAAGAUUGUGCCGAACGGCGCUUCUAUUGCCAUCGAUACUACUGGCGUGCCCUUGAUCAUGGAGCAAAGUCUCCAGGCGACGUAUACGCUGGGCAAGUUUGUUACUAUUGGCAUUCCGCCGCCGGCAUAUACCCUUAACAUCAAUGUCACUGCUCACAUCAACUCUGGCCGGGCUAUUCUGGGAUGCAUUGAAGGAGAUUGUGCGCCCAAAAAGGCUAUUCCGCAAAUGAUUCAGUGGUACCGAGAGGGCCUUUUCCCAAUUGACAGAAUGAUUGAUUUUUUCGAUGUCUCUGAGUUUGAAACAGCCAUCGAAAGUAUGCACGCGGGCGGGUCAAUCAAGCCGGUUUUGGUAUGGGAAUCUUAA